AUGGAGGGUCUGGAGAAGCUGGACGUGGUGGGGGACAUCAGCCCGGCUCUGGAGGCCACUGAAGACUUCAUCCACUGCGGGGAAGGGGGUAAAAUGAGCCAAGAAGUGAAGCGAACAACAUCACGACCGGCAAAGCAACAACAAGAAGUGUCCACCGCAGCCAUGGGAAAGCUCCAGGCCAGCGGCGUUUGGGGGAUUCUGUCCGGAGAACAGGAGGUGGGGCCUCUGGGACUGGCCUGGGCUGAUCACUUUAGUGUUUUGGGAUUGGGCGGCAUGGGGCUGAGGCAUGGGAAAAGAAGCAGGGCUAGAUCCACCAACGACUUGGCCAAAGAGUGCGCCAACAACAGCACCAACUCUGCCACCAAUUCAGCUUUUAAAAAGGGACACAACCGCUCCAGGUCUGACGUCAACUACAGACCCUCCCUCACGGACAACGGUCUGCCGGCGGUGGACGGGAACACGCUUAAAAAUAUGAUCCUCAACCAGCAACGAGAAGCAGCAGAGAAGAGUGCGAGCAGCAGCAGUGUGGUGAAGCAGGGCCUGCUGGAGCACAGAGAGGGCAGUAGGGGGCGCUGGAGCGUCUGUCACAUGGAGCUGACGCCCUGUGAGCUGCGCCUCUACACUCUGGACUCCAGUGCUAAUCGGCAGUUGGGCACCGCCUUUUCUCUGUCCCACUGCCAGAGCUGCACCACACCUGCCCUGGGGCAGCCUGCUGACCCACGCACACUUCAGGCGCUCUUUUUCAACAGCACCCUCCUGCACCUGCGCGCCACCUGCCAGUGGGAGGCACUAGAGUGGAGAAGAGCCAUAUGGGAGACGGUGCAAGCCGCACGCCCACGGCCACAGACUGUCUCUCCUGUGUCUCCGUGUGGCCUGGACACACGGCCAGACAGAGACUCGCCCUCCACAGACGCAUCCCUGUCCUCGCAGUCGUCCACAGUAACGCCGCAGCGGCCGACCACGCUGCCCCUGCUCCCGCUGGUACCUCAGAGGGGUGAGGAGGUGCUACUCCCACUGGUCCCUCAGAAGGGUGAGGAGGUGCUGGUCCCUCAGAGGAGUGAGGAGGUGCUGAAGGCUGGGCUCCUGCACCAGCUGUUGGAGCUGAGCCGCUGGAGGGUCUACACCUUUGUGCUGACGCGCUCCUCGCUGCAGGCGUUUCCCACUGAGGGCAGAGGGGCGGGGUCCACACCUCUCCGGCAGUACGCACUGGCGGCUUGUGCCUCUGUUCAACACGGUCCAGGCCUGUGGACACAGCGCUCUGACUGCUUCCAGGUGGUGUUCUCCUCAGAGGUGGUGCGUCUGAGAGCAGAUGGUCAGGUUCGGGCGCAGGAGUGGGUCUCCACCCUGAAGGGGGCGCUACAGCAGCUGCGUCAGGCCACAGGAGCUGAGGAGCAGGUGGAGGUCCUGCAGGGGGCGGUGCUGAGGCCCAGAGACAGAAAGCACAGAGAGACACAGCGAGCCAAGAGACAGUCUGUCACCACCAGCUUUUUAAGUCUCAUCAGCUGUCUCAGCGUGGAGAAAGGACUGACAGCACAGGGCUUCAAGUGUGCAGGGUGCCAGCGGCCUGUGGGUCUGUCCCGGGGAAAAGCCAAAGUGUGUGUGUACAGCGGCUGGUACUACUGUACCAUGUGUCACCAGGACCAGACAUUCCUCAUCCCCGCCAGACUGCUGCACAACUGGGACACCAGCAGACACCAGGUUUCCCAACAGGCUAAAGAGUUCCUGGAGUUUGUGUAUGAGGAGCCUCUGUUGGACGUGCAGCAGUUGAACCCGUGUCUGUACGACCACAGUGACGACCUCAGCACUGUGCUGAGGCUGCGGCAGCAGCUACAGUCUCUGAGAGCAUAUCUGUUCACAUGCAGGGCAGCUGUGGCUGAGGACCUGAGGAGGAGAAUCUCUCCUCGUGACCAUCUGCUGCAGCACAUACACCUGUACUCUCUGGCCGACCUGCAACAGGUGAUUGAUGGGAAGCUCGCUCCAUUUUUGUCCAAAAUCAUCAAAUUCGCCAGUUCUCACGUCUUCAGCUGCAGUUUGUGUCGAGAGAAAGGAUUCAUCUGUGAACUGUGCCAGAGCGGCCAAAUGCUCUACCCUUUCCAGGAGAGCGCCACCAAGAGGUGUUCGGUGUGUGGGGCAGUGUUCCACACUGAGUGUCGUGUGAAGGCUCAGCCCUGUCCUCGCUGCGUGCGGCGAGAGCUGCACAAACGACCAUCAACCAUCAGCCCUGAGGACCAUCUGCCAUACGUGGAUACGUGA